UUUAACAUCAUACAGUCGUGCCGUUACUUUAGACAGCUUGAAGCUUUUAAGUCUUGUUGUUGUGUAAAGCUUCUUUGGGGUCAAAUAGUCGUUGUGCUAAAGACAUAAAAAAAUAAUUUUUCGUCAUGUCGUUGUGGAAAAUCAUUAUUGAGGCCCUAUUGACCCUUGUGCACAUUUUAACCGAUCGACUUUUGGAGUUUACACUCGGCUGGUAUCUUGGUCCGCACAAACGUGUCGCAACGCCGCAAAGCAUCGACCAACAGGUUAUCUUAACCAAAAGUGCGGUUGACUUGGCAAAGCAAAUACGCGAGCGUCAGCUCAAGAGUUACGACAUCGUUAAAGCAUAUAUCGAACGCAUCGAAAUUGUAAAUGUUGAGCUAAAUGCAGUGGUCGAUGGCCCAUUUACGGAGGCGCUGGAGCAGGCAAAGCAAAUCGAUAAGAAGCUCGCUGAAAAUGCAUACACGGAAGAACAGUUGAAGGCUUUGCCUUUUCUGGGUGUACCCUUCACCACGAAGGAUAGUACAGCAGUGGCGGGCAAGCGGCACACGCUGGGCUUGCAAUCACGCAAGGAUGAGCGGGCAAAGGAAGAUGCUAAGUGCGUACGUCUGAUGAAGGAGAGUGGAGCUAUCAUCAUUGCUACCAGCAAUGUGCCAGAAGUAAACAAGUGGAUUGAGUCACGCAAUAUGCUCAUUGGGUGCACCAAAAACCCUUACGAUCUGCGGCGCUCUGUGGGUGGCUCAUCUGGAGGUGAAGCGGCGCUGAUUGCAGCCUGCAGUACAGGCUUUGGUCUGGGCACGGAUAUAGGAGGCUCCAUACGCAUACCGUCAUUUAAUUGCGGCAUUUUUGGACACAAACCUAGCUCUGGAGUGGUUAACAUGGCGGGCUGCACAUUCCGCACCGGCAAAGAGAAGCAAACAAUGGUGUGUGCCGGUCCAAUGUCGCGCAAUGCCACGGACUUGCGGCCUAUAUUGCAGGUGCUGGUGGAGCCGGAGCAGCGCAGCGUUCUAAAGCUCAGCCAGCCAGUAGACCUUAAGCGUCUGCGUUACUUCUAUGUGCCCAACAUUGGUAUGAAGCAAUGCAAUCCCAUUAAUCGGGAAACUGAGCGGGUUAUGUACAAGGUGCGUAGCCACUUUAAAUCGCUCUGCGGGCAGGAAGUGGCGUUGGCAAGCAUUCCAGAAACACAGCUAACUGCAAAAAUGUGGCGAUACUGGAUGACUCAAGAGCCUGCCAAUUUUAAUCUUCUUCUUGGCAAUGGGGUUGAGUUGAAUCCUUUUAUAGAGCUAUUUAAGAAACUGUUGGGCCAGAGCGAGUACAGCAUGGCAGCGAUAUAUUCAUUGAUAGAUAGUGUGCUGCCCAAAGAAAAGGAGUCCGUUAUCUGCACAGCUUCCCAAAAGUGCAAGCAGUACCUGCAGCAGUUGCUAGGCGACAAUGGUGUACUGUUUUUUCACAGUUCGCCUCGUACUGCUCCCUUUCAUUACUAUCCGCUAGUUAAGUUUUCAGACUUCAGUUACUUUAGCUUGUUCAAUGUACUGCAUUUGCCAGCAACUCAGGUGCCCAUGGGAUUGGAUGUAAAUGGCAUGCCCCUUGGCAUACAGGUUGUGGCCAAUGACAAAAACGAUCGCCUGUGCUUAGCAGUGGCCGAGGAGCUGGAACGCGUGUUUGGCGGCUGGGUACCACCUUUUUCAUUAAAGAAAUAAGCGAUACAUGAGAGAUUUUUGUAAAUGAUUAGGUGUUGGUGAUUUUCUUAAGACUGUUUGGUUAUAUAAUUGAACAAAUAAAAUGCUUUUAACAAUUGUAAAAUAUUUCAAAUUGAA